AUGGAAAGCAAAUUCAACUCCUCCACCAACAGCAGGGACGAAGGGAAUAACGUCUUCCAGGGCAAAGCCGAGAAAAGUCUGACCGCCAGCAGCUCCAGCGUCAAGGACCACGGCAACUCCGUCUGCUUCAAAGGGGAUGGCGAGGAACCCGUGGUCGGCUUUGAAGAUGCGGAGGGACCGAGCCGGCCGUACGGCUUCAUGCAGAGACAGUUCAGCUCCCUGCUGCAGCCUGGAGUCAAUAAAUUCUCCCUCCGCAUGUUUGGCAGCCAAAAGGCAGUAGAGAAGGAGCAAGAAAGGGUUAAAACUGCAGGCGUGUGGAUCAUACAUCCCUACAGUGACUUCAGGUUUUACUGGGACCUGAUAAUGCUGAUUAUGAUGGUGGGGAACCUUGUUAUAAUACCGGUUGGAAUAACCUUCUUCACAGAGCAGACGACCACACCGUGGAUUAUAUUUAAUGUGGCGUCCGACACCGUUUUUUUAUUUGACUUGUUCAUGAAUUUUAGAACUGGGAUUGUCAUUGAAGACAAUUCUGAGAUUAUACUAGACCCAAAAGUCAUCAAGAUGAGUUAUUUGAAGAGCUGGUUUGUUGUUGACUUCAUCUCAUCCAUCCCAGUGGAUUAUAUCUUUCUCAUUGUCGAGAAAGGCAUGGAUUCGGAAGUGUACAAGACGGCCAGAGCUCUCCGCAUUGUGAGAUUUACAAAAAUCCUCAGUUUGUUGCGCCUACUGCGACUUUCAAGGUUAAUCAGAUACAUUCAUCAAUGGGAAGAGAUUUUCCACAUGACCUAUGACCUCGCCAGCGCCGUGGUUAGAAUAUUUAACCUCAUAGGAAUGAUGCUUCUCCUCUGCCACUGGGACGGCUGCCUGCAGUUUUUGGUUCCAUUGCUUCAGGAGUUUCCUAGUGAUUGCUGGGUAUCAUUAAAUAAUAUGGUUAACGAAGUUACCAGACCCGUGUUGGUCUGUGGGGAGUCGGAUGCAAAUCGACAGAUUGCCAUGAUUACUGCCACGUUGAAGUCCACCAAAAUGGAACUCUGCUCUGUGUGCUUUUCCAGACCUGGCCCGAGUCAGGAGUAUUCGGAUGCCGAGUUUGAAAAACUCUAA